CACCUCUCCCCUGGCCACCCGCAGCCAGGUACUCUCCCCCGAGCAGAGGCAGGGGAGGGCAGCCGGGACCAGCCUGAUCAGCUAGGAGAAUGGCAGCACUGUCCCUGGACGACGGUGGCAGCCCCAAGGACGAUGUGGACCCAUUCUACUACGACUAUGAGACUGUCCGCAAGGGGGGCCUCAUCUUUGCUGCCCUGGCCUUCGUCGUGGGGCUCAUUAUCAUCCUCAGCAAAAGACUCCGCUGUGGGGGCAAAAAGAAGCACGGGCAAGUCAAUGAUGAUGAUCUGUAAUGACAGAGUUAGCCGUACUGUCUUUGCAGUGGGGCCUUGGGAAGCCUUCCCUGAGCUGCAGACCUUUGUCCCCAGCACUGCCAGGCCCUCGGGCUGAAGGAAGCACCAGGCUCCAGGUGACCCCUGGGUUUUCAUGGCCUCCUCCCAACCCCAGGCUGCCUCACGUUAAUAAUAAAGCCAGCCUCAGAGACACA